AUUGAAGAAUGGGAAGGACCAAACCCAUGUGUCUAACCGGGCCCCGAAAGUGUUGCAGAGUUUGUGCAACUCAACGUGCAGAGAGGGUAUUGUUUAUGGGACUCAAUACUCCACUCAAACACACUCGACGUGCUUUAUACAAAGCUUCUAUCAGCAUUGAAAUCCAAAUCAGAAAAAAGAAUCAGAAAUGUGGAGGCGUUUGACUUCACUCUCCCAUCUUCGUCAGAUAAGACGAGCUGAUGAGCUGAAGAUUUGUCAAGCAUUUUGUACUGAUAUCACCAAACCACCGGUAGAAGCUGAAAGCCAUUACAGGAGAAAUAGCCCUUUUGUCGCUUUUGUUUUGGGAGGUCCUGGUAGUGGUAAAGGUACUCAAUGCCUUAAGAUUGCUGAAACUUUUGGGUUCGAACACAUAGGUGCAGGAGAUCUACUGAGGAAAGAGAUGUAUUCUGGAUCUGAGAAUGGUGACAUGAUUCAAAAGUUGAUGAAGGAGGGAAGUAUUGCUCCAUCAGAGGUGACUGUCAAGCUGAUUAAAAAGGCAAUUGAAUCAGCUGAAAAUCGUAAGUUUCUAAUAGAUGGUUUUCCAAGAAGUGAAGAGAAUCGAAUGGCGUAUGAGAGGAUUGUUGGUGCUGAACCAAACUUUGUGCUUUUCUUUGAUUGCCCUGAAGAAGUAAUGGUCAAACGAGUAUUGAACCGGAAUGAGGGGCGAGUUGAUGACAAUGAACAUACAGUCAAGGAGCGCCUAAAAGUAUAUAAAGGUACAACACUUCCAGUAGUCAACCACUAUGCCAAGAAAGGAAAGCUUUAUAAGGUCGAUGGUACUGGAACUCAGGAAGAGAUUUUUGAACGAGUCCGUCCAAUUUUCACUUCAUUGAGGUUGUCGACAUAACUGAUACCUUACAGAAGCAAGUGAUAGGAAUUGAAGACGUUGAAUGUGCUGUAGAGAAGUACAUGAGAAUGUAGAACAAUUCAUGGAAGAAAAAAGUGAAAAGCUAUAAGGCAAAUCACAAGUCCAGGUUUUGCUAUUUGUUCCUGCUUUUCUGGUGAACAAUCUAUAGUCGAACUGGCAAUCGUGAAAUUAAAAUCCAUUCGUCCCACCUCCUCUAUUGCCAGUCUUUCUGCAGCCCAAGCAUACCCACCAAUAUAAGAUGAUACCUCUCAUCCAGAAAGUUUACAGAUUUGUCUUUUUCUUUUCUUUUUUGAUGUAAUUGUUACAUUACCUUGUCUUAGUUCAUGCUAUCACCAGUACUGCUACACGUGUGACAUCAACUAUGACCCGUAUAAGAAUAACUCCGUGUUCAAAUACAUUA